CUCAAGGCUUCGAACUCAGAACAGCUACAGUGCUGAACCGGGUUUGACGAGAAGUCCACAAGGCAAGACGGUGCUUUGGUCUAGCCGCUGAAAACGACCUGGGCGAAAACCUCGCAACCAUGAUUAAGAAAAUGACACCCUCAGAGAACGAGUUUGACAUCCCGGCCAAGAACUGCUACAGGAUGGUGAUUCUGGGCUCCACUAAAGUUGGCAAAACGUCCAUCAUCUCCCGUUUUCUGAACGGGAGGUUUGAUGACCAGUACACGCCGACCAUUGAAGACUUUCACAGGAAAUUUUACAGCAUCAGGGGAGACGCUUAUCAGCUGGAUAUUUUAGACACCUCUGGAAAUCAUCCUUUCCCGGCUAUGAGGCGCCUGUCCAUACUCACAGGUGACGUCUUCAUCCUGGUGUUCAGCCUGGACAACAAGGACUCCUUCGAGGAAGUCCAGCGUCUGAAACAGCAAAUAUUUGAGACCAAGUCCUGCUUGAAAAACAAGACCAAGGAGAACGUGGACGUGCCGCUGGUCAUCUGCGGAAACAAAGGUGACCGGGAGCUGUACCGGGAGGUGCAACGGGAAGACAUCGACCAGCUCAUUGCCGGGGACGACAAAUGCGCCUACUUCGAGAUCUCGGCCAAGAAGAACACCAACGUGGACAAAAUGUUCCGGACUCUCUUCGUCAUGGCCAAGCUGCCGCACGAAAUGAGCCCCGACCUCCACCGCAAGGUCUCGGUGCAGUACUGCGACAUGCUCCACCGCAAGUCCAUCAAAAACAAGAAGUUCAAAGACGGGGACGUCUACGGCAUAGUCGCUCCCUUUGCCCGGCGCCCAAGCGUGCACAGUGACUUGAUGUACAUUAAAGAGAAAGCUAUCGGCGGCGGCCAGGGGAAGGAUAAAGAAAGGUGCAUCAUCAGCUAAGUACUGCCACCGAAAGAACGGGAGAACCCGAGACGAAGUUAAACUCACACCGAGUGGGUCCGAUAACCGGUGUAAGAGGUGGCGCUCAGAGAGCGGGGCUCAUCCAGGUAGUUUCCAGUUUCUCUCGGCGGCAACCUGUCCUCAAUUGUGACACUUGUAAGAGACUCGGAGCGCUUGUGUUGUAUGAGCUGGGCAGACUUCUAUACAGAACACCUCCCCCCCCCCCACAUGAGUGUCAGGGCGCUAAAUGUGAUGUGGUCAACAAAAACCCUGAGAUUUCUUUUAAGAGAAAACACAACAAUGCGCUGUUAUACACGUGUUCAUCUUUUAAAUCUUACCGUACUGGUUCAGCAGGUAAAAAAAAAAACUUCAGGGUGGUGUGCAAUUUGUAAAAAAAAAAAAAACGAUUGUUUACAGUUUGUUAUAAAUGAUUUAUAACUUAAAACAGCACUUGAAUGUUGCAACAAGAACAAAUUUUGUGAAUGUCUAUUUAUUCUUAUAUGUCAAUGUAAUUUUAUAAAGAAAAAUAAAAGAUCUUAAACUAUU